AUGGUUUUUGCUUGGCCCUCGCUGCUGCUACUACUGCUACUCCAAUCGGCAAGCGCACAAGGGGGCCCUUCGGAACUUUAUGGUCUAAAAUUGGACAACUGGCAAGUUUCUGAAACGAACCUACUUGCGUACCAGGCUGUUGAGGAUCAGAUUGCCGGGUCGCUCCCGGUAGCGAUCAACGCUGACUCGCGAGUUGUUCUCUUCGGAGAAAAUCUAAUCGGGCGAAAGUUCGUGCUCACCGAGUACACGGGCAAUGAAGGACCGAAAUGCAACGAUCACGGACACACGAAGAGCGUCGCCGUCAACGCAUACACAGAAGAACUCGACGUCGGAGUUAUCAACAUCAACAACACGGCCUUUGAGGAUAUUGCAGCUGGAAAGUACUACUUUUGCUUCGCUGAUCCAAACGAUAAUGAUGUCUAUUUACACGCUGGAAACAACAGCAUCCAAAGCAUUCAUUUCGUGGAAGUGGACUCGCAAACCUCCAUCCUCCCCGUCCCCCUGCAGACCAUCUGUAUCGGUCUCCUCCUCUGCCUUUCCGGAACGUUCUCCGGCUUGAAUCUCGGUCUCAUGGCGCUGGACCCGCAGCAGCUCAAGAUUCUCACCACUUCGGGAUCGCCGGAUGAGAUCAAGUACGCCAAAUCGGUGCUGCCCGUCAGAAUUCACGGAAACUUUUUACUCUGCACGUUGCUCCUCGGAAACGUCCUUGAACACGAAAAGGCUAUCUGCUCUCGACACGGGCUCGCUGUGGGAUACCAUACUCUUCCUCUUACCUACAUUUUUAUGGCCAUUACUGGAAUCAUCUCUUAUCCGCUUGGCAAGAUCCUCGACGUCGUUCUCGGCGAAGAAAUGGGCGUCAACUACAAGAAGCAAGCCUUCCUCGAACUCAUCAAGCAAGGACAAAACGAUCUUGAAGAGGACGAAAAGAUUAUGAUCGAAGGAGCGCUAAAACUGAGCGAAAAGACCGUCCGCGACGUCAUGACGCCUAUCAACCACGUGUUCACCGUCUGUGAAGACGAGAUCAUCGACUACGACUUCAUGGGACGCGUUUCCGACGCUGGAUACUCUCGAAUUCCAGUCACAAAGCGCGGCGGAAAGAACUCGGAAAUUACUGGUCUGCUCUUCCUCAGAGAUUUGGUCAUGCUCGAUCCGGAUGACAAUACUGUCGUUUCUACUGUCACGAAUUUUUACAAGCAUCAGCUGAUGAGCAUCGAUCAGGAUAUGAAGCUCGAUGAUAUGCUCGAAGAAUUCAAGAAAAACCACCAUCAUCUCUCUUUGGUCACAAUGCCUAUCCAAACUGGAACAGAAACCGACAGCAAGGCCGAACGCGAAACUUGCGGUAUCAUCACCCUCGAAGACAUCAUCGAAGAGAUCAUUUGCGACGAGAUCGUUGACGAAACCGACCAGUACCGCGACAAUCGCUCCCGAAUCCGUAACCACAAACGAGAGAAGACCGAGAAUCCCAAGAAUUUCUUCCGAAACCACUCUGAAGCUUGCGAUCCUUCGUCGAACCCGCAGAAUCCUGACAAUCUCGAAGAAAUUACGCGCGCCCAGAUCGCAGCUGUUCUUCGCUUCAUGGUCGCCGAAGUCAAGCCUUUCUCCCAAGAUGUCAUUUCUGAAAACAAACUCAAACUCCUCCUAUUUCAACAACAUUCCGUCGUUUAUGUAAAACGAAGCUCCGAAACAAAACCGCUGCUUGUCCGUGGUCAACCAGUGACCCAGUUCAUCGUCAUUAUCGAAGGAAAGGCCGAAGUGCAACUCGGCGAGGACGAAAUGCCGAUCGAAGUCGGCCCCUUCCGAUGCUUCGGCGUCUCCGCGCUCCUGGACGUCAAACCAACCAAUCUUGCCGAAAAUGUUCAAAUCCAAGGCUCCCAAUCCAUUCCAAGUGGACUUGCUGGUGAAAGAGAAUCAGUCGAUCGAUCUGGUACUCCAUCUCAGACUGGCGUCAUUUCUGACGCUACUGUUCGAAUAAUCUCCGACGAAUUCAUCUACGCCCGUGUGACUCGAGCAGAGUACCGCCAAAUGCGGAACCAGUUUGAAAUCACCAAAGUCCAACAGCUUUCUGCUUCAAUGGAACAACUGCAAUCAGCUGGCUUUAGUCCCGAAAAUACCUCAGUAACAAACGUCAACGAAACCAGCAUGAGUGAUUCCAACGUCAAAGGUAAACAAUAUUAG